AUGCGCUAUUGUUUUGCCGUCAUAUAUCCAGGCGACGCGGCUGAUCCGCAGCUGCUUGUCUGCGGCUCUGUUAGAGAACUGGGUACGUGGAACGUGGACCACGCGGUGGCAAUGACGAGUGCAACGUCGUUUUGCACCCAAGAAAUGUCAUUUUGGCAAGUGACGGUCAGCAUCGACGACGACGACCACAGCGACGAAGCGUCAGCGUUCUUCUACAAGUACGUCAUCCGAUACAAUAAGGGCACCGUGCUUUGGGAGGGCAGGGAUGAAUUGGACAACCGUAGUUACCGGCGACAACAGUGCGAUCUGGUCGACGGCGUCUAUCUGAUCCCGACGUCAUUCUGGAAUUACACGAUGGCUGUGACCACCGGCACGAACACCGACCAUGGAAGCUGGCACCAGUUGUCAAUGACUUUAUUCUACCACAAUAUAUGCAGCGAACAAUCGAUCAAUUUCUCGAAGGUGUCCGACAAGAUCUACUUCGGUUCCUGUCCCCGCAAGUUCUACCAUGUGGCCGUGCUUAAAAGUCUAGGCAUCAGCGCCGUGCUGACGCUGCAGACCGAGGCAGACCUGGCCGAGCAUUGCCGGCCGUUGUUCUACUCGUCGCCAUGUUGCGACCAUGAGUUAGUCUUCAAACUUCAAACCCUGUACCGG